CCAAAGACAACAAGGAGCGCCGCCGAGACUGUCCCCGUUGAUCCCUCCUUCUCCCUCCCACGAGCGGUUUCACUCGCGAGAGAGAUAAACACACGAGAAAGGAGCACCAACGGGGAGACGAGGACCACCACCAGGAGAAGAAGCAACGACGGUGACGACGACGACAACCGCGACGCCGAUGACAAUAACUAUCGACCACGACCACGAUCCACGAUCCACGAUCCACGACCACGAUCCACGAUCCUCGACUCGCGCUCUUUCUUUCGGUCGCACGCGCACGCGGAUCCUUUUGGCGGAGGAAUUCUAGCUUGCGUGGCUCGCCACUCUGCCUCCACCUUCUUUCCCUCCACCCGACUUCAUUCAGAGCCCUCCCUGGAUGGGACGGUCCACAGAGCGCGUCCACUCGGUGCCGGGUUACGCGAGAUAUUUUGUGAGACUGAGAGAUCCGUUCGAAGAGUAGCUAACGUUUGACCUGUGCCUGUUUGCCUGAUUUCAAAGGCUCCCUAGCUCCGCUUAGGGAAUAGGGAGCUCGACAUGACCCGGUUGGGAUUGCGACUCGUCGCAUCCCUAGUCUGCUUGACCGGGAUCGUCAGCGGGGAAAAUAAUAUUACAUGGAAUAGGAACGUGCAACCGGUCGUUCCUUUGAAUCAAGCGCGAGGCGACAUUGGAAAACCAAAAGGCACCGAUGACGAUGAUAACGUAAAGUGGGGACACUUAGUUCAGCAUUUCAAGCAUCCAGAUACAAGUAUUGACAUCGAUAAUUGGAAUUCGAGCGACGGCCUCGGGAACGAUUACCGAGAUGAAAAUAAUAAAAAUCGACAUGGAUUGAUACCUGGUGAAUCUUAUGGAUCAAGACAUUCAAAUAAUUCGAAUCAAUACCCAUAUAAUUCAGGGUACCCCGAGUCUGGGAGACGACAGGAUGGCGAAGAAUCAUCUGGAUCAUCUGGAAAUCUCGACAAUCAAUAUAACAACUAUCCUUCUGGACAAAGAGAACCUAGUUAUUCUUAUUCUCAUAGUCAAGGCCAAUAUCCAGGAAAUAAUGCAAGAAACUCUUAUAAUAUUAAUCGUGCUCCCGUUGAUCCUUACGGUCGAGACUCUUCUUCUUCUUCUGGUCAGGAAUCUGGGUACAAUAUUGGUUACAAUCCUAGCGGUUACAAUCCUAGUUACAAUCCUGGCGGUUACAAUCCUGGCGGUUACAAUACUGGUUACAAUAGAGGACAAGGUGGAUAUGGAGCAGCUGGAGAAUCGGAAAAUUAUCCAAGCAGUUACUCGGUUGUUACUGUACCUGGUGCAACUCGAUCCCGUAAUUGCACUGGCUCGGCUAAUUGCGUACCAAAAUGCUUCGCUGAGAAAGGUUCACGGGGACCACCCGGUACGGUUGGACCACAAGGGCCAAAAGGACAACAAGGAUUUCCUGGAUCGGAAGGUCUUUUAGGUCCGAAAGGAGAAAAGGGUGAUCCUGGUCCGCAAGGACCACGUGGAUCAAAAGGAGAUAGGGGUAAAAUGGGUAUGCCUGGUUUUCCUGGAAUAAAUGGUAUUCCUGGAGUUCAAGGCCCACCCGGCGCUUCUGGACUUCCUGGUAGAGAUGGUUGUAAUGGAACAGACGGUGCUCCAGGUAAAGAUGGUCAACCCGGUGAAAUAGGGCCGCGAGGUUUUCGUGGUACUCCAGGUCCGAAAGGAGAAAAGGGUCAACCAGCUUUUGCAGGAAAUUUUCCAGUUGGUCAGAAAGGAGAGCCUGGAAUAGAUGGUGUACGAGGCCCCCCAGGGCCUCCAGGAUUGCAAGGACAACGAGGUUAUGCCGGUCCGAAAGGAGAACGGGGACCACAGGGUAUACCUGGUAUCCCAGGAUUGAAAGGAGAAAAAGGUAAUAUGGGUCUUGGAUUUGAAGGAUUAAAAGGAGAUAAGGGACAGAAGGGAGAGCAAGGUCCUCCUGGUUCGACAGGACCGUUCGUCCCAUUGACUACAUCAGGAACAGAAAUGGCUGGACCACCUGGUGAAUCAGGAGAAAAAGGAGAUAAAGGUGAAAUGGGAUUCGAUGGUCUAAAAGGAGAACCAGGAAUGAUAGGAGAUCAUGGUCUCUCCGGUGCAGCCGGCAUGAAAGGAGAAAAGGGUCUUCCUGGAGCGCCAGGUAUUCGAGGUAGGGACGGUUUUUCUGGACCUCCUGGACCACCUGGUCGUAAAGGUGAUCGAGGUUAUGACGGAUUGGAUGGUCUUCCUGGUCGUCCGGGACAAAAAGGAGAACCUGGUAAGGAUGGACCUAUGGGCGUUUCAGGACUGAGAGGACCACCUGGUCCACCAGGUGGUGGCAAGGGAAGGCCAGGGCCACCAGGUCCCAAAGGUCCACGAGGAUUUCCUGGACCUAUUGGUCCUCGAGGUUCCGAUGGAUUCCCAGGCGAUCCUGGUCCAAAAGGUCCUAUCGGUUUACAAGGUGGGCCUGGUUUGCAAGGAAUUCCAGGUCCGGAAGGCAUGCCAGGAGAGAAAGGAGGAAAAGGAGAGCCAGGACUUACUGGAUUUCCUGGUGGUGAUGGUCGUCGUGGUUUCGACGGUCCUCCGGGACCAGUAGGUCCACGAGGUCUACCUGGGGAAAAAGGAUUAUCGAUUAUGGGCCCUAAAGGAAUGGAUGGUACACCUGGUCGAGAUGGAGAAAAAGGACAAAAAGGAGAACGCGGAUAUGUUGGAGUACGAGGUCGACCAGGAGAUUCUUUGGAUGGAAUUCCGGGUUCACCGGGAGCACCUGGAUUAACCGGAGAGCCUGGUACACCAGGAAGAGAUGGUGCACCUGGUUUUCCCGGAUCACCCGGUGAAAAAGGAGAUAUCGGUGGCCGUUGUCAAGAUUGCAUACCAGGUUCACGAGGACCGAAAGGAGAUCGGGGAUUCGAUGGUAACCCUGGCUUGCCAGGUUCGCGUGGUCCGCCCGGGGAACGUGGAUUUCCAGGAGAACCGGGGCUGGAUGGAUUGCCAGGACUUAUGGGGCCAUCAGGACCACCGGGAAGAGAUGGCAUUCCAGGUUCCCCUGGGCCUCAAGGAUCUCCGGGAGCGCCAGGCAUAGUUACUAAAGACAUGUUAAAAUUAGAAAAAGGUGAUAAAGGAUUGCGAGGAGAAACGGGUCGGCCAGGACCUCCAGGACCAGAAGGACCACCAGGAGAAAAGGGUAGACCAGGAUUGGAAGGUUUCCCAGGACUGAAAGGACAGCCGGGAGAUCGUGGAUUUCCGGGACAAGAUGGUACGCCUGGUAGAUCAGGAACACCUGGACGCAAAGGUGAAAAAGGAACUAGUUUGAAGGGAGAACCUGGAGAGGCAGGAAGGCCUGGAGCUCCUGGAGCGAAGGGUGAACCUGGAUUUUACGGUGAAAAGGGUGAACCUGGAAUGUGUCAACCUUUAAAUUGGGUGGAUAGAUUGAAAGGUAGUAGAGGUCCUCCAGGAGACAAAGGUGAACCAGGACCUCCUGGCGCAGAUGGGCUACCAGGUGACAAAGGUUUACAAGGACUUCAGGGUCCCCCAGGAAAUGCUGGACCAAGUGGUGCAACUGGUCCUGUCGGACCACGUGGUUUACCUGGUCCUAGAGGAGAUAAAGGAAACACAGGGCCAAUGGGUUUCCCUGGCGAACCUGGUCGUGAGGGACUUAGAGGGUAUCCAGGUUUCCACGGUGCAAAAGGCGAUAAAGGAGAAUCAGGAAUAUCUGUAAAAGGUAGUCCUGGUUUACCCGGGCCACCAGGAUUAAAAGGAGAAAAAGGUCUUCCUGGUCCACCAGGAAAGGAAGGACAAUUUGGAUCGCCAGGACUAACAGGAUUUACUGGUGAAAAAGGAGAUAUCGGCGUUCCAGGAAAUAAUGGAUUGCCGGGUAUACCAGGAGAGAAAGGAGAUAACGGACCAAUUGGACCACCAGGGCCUCCUGGUGCCGCUGGAACGCCAGGAGCUGACGGCAGUAAAGGUGAACCAGGAUUAUUAGGAGAACCGGGUAGACCAGGACUUCCAGGAUUCCCUGGUACAAAAGGGGAUCGUGGAGUUCCUGGUAUUGAUGGACCCAAAGGAUAUCCUGGACGACGUGGAUUGCCUGGUACACCUGGUAGAUCUGGAAGCGAAGGUUUGCCCGGUUUGAAAGGAGAAAGGGGUGAGAAAGGAUCUGCAGGUUUCCCAGGCUUACCUGGUAUGGAAGGAAAGCCUGGUCGACCUGGUUUAUCAGGCGAAAAAGGAGAUAUUGGUCCAGAAGGUCUUCCUGGUGUGCCGGGAUUACCCGGGUAUGAGGGACCAAAAGGUGAUACAGGACCAGCAGGGUUACCUGGCCGAAAAGGAGAGCCAGGGCAAGUAUCGGAAAAAGGACAGAAGGGUGAACCUGGAAUGCCUGGCAUUCGUGGACCUCCUGGACCAUCAGGAAAGGAUGGAUAUGAUGGUCUGAAAGGUGAGCCUGGAAGACCAGGUGUAGGACGAGACGGUUUACCUGGUUUAAAGGGAGAAGCAGGGCAACCAGGACGCGAUGGAUUACCAGGAUUUCAAGGUCCGAAAGGUGACGCUGGCGUACGAGGAUUCAUUGGCUUAAAAGGGGAUGUGGGUCUACCCGGAAAACCAGGAGAACCAGGUCCACCUGGUAUGGAUGGUUUCCCAGGUGAAGUUGGAGAAGUCGGACCUCCCGGAGCACCUGGUUUCCCUGGAGCUGAGGGAAAAAUGGGUGCACCAGGACGGCCUGGACUUGAUGGCGUUAAAGGCGAUCGCGGUCUUCCAGGUCCUGCUGGUAUUGCUGGCAUUCCUGGAUCACCCGGUGAGAAAGGAGACAAGGGACCACAAGGACCAACGAUUCAAAUCAAAGGAGAAAAGGGUGAACCUGGUCAUCCUGGUUUAACUGGACUACCUGGCGCUAAAGGUGAUCGUGGUUUGGAAGGUAUGGUUGGAUACGAUGGAGAGAAAGGAGAUAGAGGUCCGCCUGGUCCGGUAGGAAGUCCUGGCCAGCCUGGAGCGGUAGGCCUUAAAGGUGAUCAAGGUCCGUCUGGUUCUCCUGGUCUACCUGGAAUAACAAUUAAGGGCGAGAAAGGUUUACCAGGUUUGAUGGGUAAGCAUGGACGAGACGGUUUCUCAGGUCUUCCAGGAGAAAAAGGAGAACAAGGACUUCCUGGAUUGCCUGGACCAAAAGGAGAUGCCGGUCCUUAUGGUCCUAUUGGACCGCAAGGAGAAAAAGGUGACGAAGGUCCUGCCGGUCUUAGCGGUCCACCUGGACGCGAUGGCGCGCCAGGUCUCGAAGGAGUACCAGGUCUGCCAGGUGAUAGAGGUCUAAAGGGAGACAGAGGACCACCAGGACUUUUCGGUGCUCCAGGACAGAAAGGAGAGCCUGGCCAACCAGGUCAAAAUGGUUUGGAUGGUCUUCCUGGAGAAAAGGGUGAUACCGGUUGGGACGGAGCAACUGGACUUCCUGGAAUAGUUGGUGAAAAGGGAGAUCGAGGAUAUCCUGGUGCAAUUGGUUUGAUGGGUGCCGUUGGAUACGUUGGUGAUAAAGGUGAAAAAGGUGACGAUUGUAUCGAACCUCCACUAGGACCGAAGGGUGAUCGCGGUUAUCCAGGUCCUGCUGGAUUACCUGGACAACCAGGCGAAAAAGGUCUUCCAGGACCACCUGGUUUCCCAGGAAUGAACGGUGCAAAAGGAGCUCAAGGAUUCAUGGGACCUCCUGGUCCAAAAGGAUUGACAGGUCUUGCCGGUCCACCUGGUUCGCCCGGUUUGCCAGGUCUCGAAGGUGCUAUUGGAGCUCCUGGGCCUGCUGGAGAACCAGGUCAACCAUGCGAAACUGCACCCGAUUAUCUCACCGGCAUUUUACUAGUCCGACAUAGUCAGAGUGAAUAUGUACCUAAAUGUGAUUCAGGUCACAUCAAACUAUGGGAAGGAUAUAGUUUAUUAUUCACGGACGGCGACGAGAGAGCUCAUUCUCAGGAUCUAGGUAGCGCUGGCUCGUGCGUAAGAAAAUUCUCGACAAUGCCCUUCAUAGUUUGCGAUAUCAACGAUGUUUGCAAUUACGCUAGUCGCAAUGAUCGUUCUUAUUGGUUAUCAACGAAUAAAGCAAUUCCUAUGAUGCCAAUCGAGGAAUUGGCGAUAGAGGAAUACAUCUCCAGGUGCGUAGUAUGCGAAGUUCCAACAAAUGUUAUAACGAUACACAGUCAGUCCCAAGAAUUUCUGACUUGUCCAAAUGGAUGGACUAGCCUUUGGAUUGGAUACAGUUUCAUAAUGCACACUGGCGCAGGUGCUCAGGGUGGUGGACAAUCAUUGUCCGGUUCUGGUUCGUGCUUGGAAGAUUUCCGGGCGGUUCCUUUCAUCGAGUGCAAUGGCGCGAAAGGUCAAUGCCAUUAUUAUUCGAACGAGUUUAGUUUUUGGAUGUCUACCAUAGAAGAUAGUCAACAAUUCCGUGCGCCCAAACAAGAGACCUUAAAGGCAGGAAACCUUAAGUCGAGAAUAAGUCGCUGCCAAGUUUGUAUAAAGAAUACGUAAAUUCAACAACACCCCCCCGCCCUCCACUCCACUCCACUCCACUCCACUCCACUCCACCCCAGGCCCUCACCUUUACUUUGUAUUCUCUUAAUCUCUUUUAUUUUAUUAUCGCGGCAACGAUAAAAACGCAAUCGGGAUCGUUACUAAGAAGAAACAACAACACAAUGAUUUUAAGAAAGAAGAAAGAAAGCAUAGGAAUGAAUUUAAAAAAAAAAAUAAAAAAAAAGAGAUUAUAGAAAAUUGAGUAGGUCGAAUUUAAUCCGGACGCAAGGAUUCCUUAUUUUUUUAUAAUCGAAUUUUUAUUCUCCCCUAUUCUUCUUCUCCUUCUCUAACUACCAUAUCCUUUUUUCUUUCUGUUCUUUCUUUCACGCUCAGCUCUUGUCAAUUCUAAUGUUUCUUCUAUCCGAUCUUUUGAGAAUUUCUCUUACGUAUUUUUAUAUAACUAUUCAAGCAAGCAAUACAAGUGCCUUAGCGUACUACCCCACUUAGCAUGUAAAAUAAUAAAUAUAUAUUUAUAUCUUUCGUUAAAGAAGAAAAUGAAGUAAUGAAAAAGAAAAAAAAAAAAACAAAAACGCUGAAAAAAAAGCAGAAAAAAUCCUAAGAAAAAUUUGUUAAGAUUAUAUCGUACUACCAUGGACACUGCCCAUAUUCAAUAUGGCACAUUUUACAUAUUGUAUAUUAAAUAUAAAAAAGAUUCUUAGCCUCGUAAUAUUGUGUGAAGCCAAAUAUUUAAAUAAAUAGGUAUUUUGCUACGUAGAUAAUAAAAUGACAUUUUCAAAUUUAUCUUAAAUCAAACCAUUUGUCUUGUCCAUCCGGAUACACUAUAAUUAUCUACAUACGUAAGUAAAUAUGUAUGUAAAAAUAAAAUAAUGUGUACGUCAUAAUUAUAACACGUAAUAAUACGGUCGAAUCGUAUACG